AUGGACAAGCCGCAUGUCAUUCUAUUUGCUCUCUCGUUGCUGUCUACGUUCCCCACGACGCGCUGCGACGUCCCCGUCUGUCCUGCAGAGCCACCAAAUUGUCCCGGCGUUCGCAACGGCAUUCGAAUGACGGACAACUCAACUUACACGCUCGCCGGCGUCUUUUCCGUCUCUCGCUGGCGAGUCAACCAAGCGGCCAGACCGCCAGCUCAGUCAUGCGCUCUGUGUGCCGAGGCAGACGCGUCUGCAGCCAUUUCUUCUACAAUUGCCAUGCAGCUCUACGCUGUCGAGCAGUCGGAAGCUUUGAUACUCGCCACGGAGCUGCUGAACGACGCGAUGGGCUUCGAAGGGUCGAAUUUCGGGUACGACAUGAGGGAUUCGUGUGGAAAUCAUAUUGGAAGCGACUGUAUAGACACACUAGAGCCACUUGACAACACGUUGGCUGCCGUUGUUGGUCCGUAUUACGCGGAUAGGAGCCCGUCGUUGAGCGAGAAUGAGGUUUUGUCGAUUUUCACGCGUCUCGGUGCGACAAAUGGCUCAACGGGUCGGCUGAUUUUCUCUCUCCUCGACGUUCCGUUUUCCUACUCGCGCGCGAUGCGCCAGUUUGCUUCCGGGAAUGGAUCCGCGUGGGUGAUGAUGAUGCAGCCGAGUUGCGAGCUACAGGCGCUUGCGGCUGUCGAUUUCGUCGAGCACGAGUCGUGGUGGGAUGUGACCGUCGUCGGGAGCGGAGACGCCUGCGGGACGGCGGCGUUGCGAGCGUUCAAGGAGGAACUGGAUAGGAAGGGCAUCGCCUGCCAUUUCCAGGUGCUGUAUGUUCACCAAACACCUUUAGAGUCAACAAACGAAACAGAGAGAACGAAGCAGAUUCUUAUGCCCAACUAUCAAGAACUGAGAAAGCCAUUCGACAUUGUGACUCGCUUGUCUGAAAGGAGGCACGUCGUCAUUUUCUCAUCGUCUGUGUUUGCUGACUUGUUGCUCAGUGCAUUUCAGUCCGGGGCGACCGACUCUUCGGAUCUAUUGUCACACAGAUACUCGAUUCUUUUUGGUAGUUUUUGGGGUGAUCCUCGACACGUUGCUCGUCUUGAAAAGGAGAUGACAUUGCUCACGGAGUUUGCAGACAUUAAAGACGUCUAUGCUCUUAGGCAUGACGUGAAAGGAAAAAGGAGAUUUAGAGAGCACAUGUCGUCCAUUCGAUUGCAUUCUCCUCGCUUUGAAAACAAUAAGUUCAUACAGAGAUACUGGGAGUCGGACAAUUUGUGUUCUCUCGAUAAUUCCGGUGCACCACAAUGUACAGAUGAUAACCCGUUUAAUAGCGAUGAUUCACCGAUUGCAAACAACUAUAAGGCGUUACUUAUUUUGGAUGCGGCGGCCGUACUAGCAAAGUAUAUUGAGGAUUACCGCAAUCGAACGGGCGAUGUUCCAACCCGAUUUUUUGAAAAUGAUUUUUAUGGAUUUAUGGAUGGGAACGUUCUCGAGGUGGAGAACAAGUGGACGGGUAAUCAGUGGUCGUUUGGUAUACCAGCCGGCAAUGGAAAAUCAUUCGAGUGGGUGCAGCCUAUGGAAUGGAGAUAUGAGGUCAUGAAGUUAUACACCAAGAAGGGAAUGAUUGCUGCCGACAUUUACGGCACUUGGAGCAUCAGACUCAAUACGACAGACAGUCGACGUUCCACGUUGCUAACACUGAAGUCGUUUGGUUCUGGAUAUACUGUGUAUCCAUGCGAACCAACGACGACGUCUCGUGCUCCGACGUCUUGCCCUCCAACGGAUUUAGACAGUAUGACAGCAUUAGUGGCUACAAUCGGAGUCUCUCUGUUUAUUUGUAUCCUUGUAAUCGUCCUUAAACAACGAGACACGAGCCGUUUUCGUGCAGCCAUCACAUCACCAGGAGUCGUGACAGUGGGUUGUGCGGCUCUGCUUUCUAUCGCCAUCAGCUUGUGGAUAAUUUUCGGAGACGAAGCAGGCGACUGUGACAAUCGUGUCGAUGAUUUUUUUGUAACUGUAAUAAACAGUGUCUGUUUCACUGUCCUACUGAUUGCAUUGGUUGUCCCUCUCGUUACAAGUCGUUUACUGAGAUUGCUUGUCAAAGUUGGUGGUUUUGUGUUUGUCAUGAUGAUUCAACUUGCCGUCUCCAUUCAGGCUCAUCUUGUAGAAGGAGGUGGAACAGACCAUGAUGAUGAUGAUCCUGUUACACAUUGUUAUAACGAACGAGGAAAAGUAUUAUCGUCUGUGUCGUAUCUAUACGGCAAUGUCCUACUGGUUCUCUGUGUUCUGCUCUUGAUUCAUAGUCUUUGCUCGAAACGAGGAAAAUACUAUCAGAGGAAGUGGCCAUUCAAGCUUUUGAGCGGAUUUCUUGCUGUUUUAUUGACGAUCCUGUACACGGUGAUGGUGACUGUGUUGCUGUGGGUUGAUAGUGUGUCGUGUGUGGUGAUGGGUCGAGUGUUUACGGUCGUGGCUGUUUUUUCAGCUGCAAUUUGUAUGGCAGUCGUUGCUGUCUUGGUGCUGUCCGACUCUAAUGAUCGCGACGUUGUCUUUGACUCACGACUGGAUGACAUAGGAAUGCGUGUGACUCACAAAUCCACCCAUCACGCUGAUUCUCACUACGUCUUUCCCGGCUUUCCCGAACUAUCAAAAAAGCCUGAUUACGCUUUCCUACUGGCAGACGACGUAAUGACAGCAAUAGCCGACGUUAUCGUCGAGCCACAAAGAAUUGAAAUCAUCGAAAGUAUAGGAAGUGGUAAUUUUGGUAAGGUUUACAAGGGCGUUCUGGAUAGCGGCCAAACUGUGGCUAUCAAGUCAGUUCAAGGGGUUGAAGAUUCGAAGCAGGUGAACGACUUUGUUCGGGAAGGAUUACAAAUGAAGGAUUUCCAUCAUCCGAAUGUGAUGGAAUUGAUCGGCAUCUGCUGGGUAAAGCCACACAGCGACACUCUUCGACCGUCUUCUCCACUGAUUGUGUUGCCAUACAUGGAGCUCAGCGAUUUAAAAACCUAUUUGAGAAGAAACAGACCAGGAAAACGUUUGAGUGAGAAGGGUAACACAAUCAGUCUUGUUCAACUGCUCAAGUUUGGCCAUCAGAUUGCAAGAGGAAUGGAGUAUCUGUCAAACGCCGGGAUUAUUCAUCGAGAUCUCGCUGCAAGGAACUGCAUGGUCAAUUGGGAUUUGGAGAUCAAAGUUGCCGACUUUGGUUUGUCUCGUAUGAUGGGAGGUCAUGAUUAUUAUCGAAUGCGACAUUUUACCCGAUUGCCAGUGAAAUGGAUGGCUCCAGAGUGUCUCAUCGAUCUCAUCUUUUCCGCAAGUUCUGAUGUGUGGUCAUUUGGUGUCACUCUGUGGGAGGUAAUGUCGUUGGCUCAAGCUCCCUAUCCUGGAGUCGAUAAUCAAGACAUUGUUUCGUAUGUGAAACGAGGGAAGAGAUUGCAGAAGCCCGACAAGUGUCCGGAUAGAGUCUACGAGAUCAUGCAACUGUGCUGGAAGACACGACCCGAAGAUCGUCCAACGUUCAAGUCCCUCGUGACAGACAUCGAAGAGUACCUAACCGACAUAAUGAACUACUUCAACCCACUCGAGUCGAACGACCAACGGUCUUCUGAUCCAUACAUCACAUGGCAGUUGAUGUCAAUCACCGAGGAAGAUGAAAGUAAUGAAGACAACAUUGAGCAACACAAAGAGCAAAUGAAUACCAACAAGCAAGUCGUGACGAGACGCGAUUCAUCGAAGUCUCAAAUUUCUUCAAAACGGUCUGUGAGCUCGAAUGGACGCAGCAGCUUAGCUCAAACGUUUGGCAACUUUGCCAGGAUGAUCUCAUCUCGAAUGAAACGUCCAACGACGUCCAGCAAGUCCGAAACGAAAGCUAACCGCAGAAACAGUUUGGUAGCAACGGAUGCAGACAGCGACUCAAUCGAUGAUUGAACUUGGUGACACACUAACUCCAUACUUGGUGAGUAUACAGUAUACAUGCAGUGAUGCUGAGGGUCUUAAACUCAUAAUAUGUACUGUACAUCAUUGGACUCUCUAGUGCUCCUACAAGUACGUUAGUCAGUCGGUGGAAUGUUGUUGUAUACUUUGAUUUUUUAAGUUUAUACGAAGGUUGACGAGUGUUUGUUUAUUGAAGACAAUCGUCUACUUUCAGACACA